AACAGCAUCUUCAAUGGCGGGCAGCGAAACGAAUUGAGCGACAGUGAAAUGGCUCAGUUGGAAGCACAAAUUUUAACAACGGACGCGAACAGGCGACGGGUGGGCAGCUCCAGCUCAGCCGCCAGCUCAGCGACCAGCUCAGCGACCAGCACCAGCACAACAGUUAUACCCUCACUAGCAGAACCCACUAAUGAGCCUAGCACGUCAAUUAACGGUAACGAGUCAGCCACUGAUGCUGGGGAGGCGGCCACCGUGCCCACAGCGGAGCUCAAUGAUAAUGAGAAGCGCUGGCUGGACGAUAUCCUAUCGGUGGGUGCGUAUAAUUUUGAGAAGACCAUUGAGCAGCAGCGCUCCGAGUUGAAGCAGCAGCAGCAGCAGCAGGUGGGGGAGGAACAGGAGCAGCAGCAGGAGCCGGUGCCGGUGCAGGAGCAGCAGCAGCAGGAGCCGGAGCAGGAGUAGGACACAUUAUCAUUACCAUCAUGAGAUAUGAAUAUUACAAUCAUAUUACACACACACGCACACCCACGCACACACCCCCCACACACACACACACACACUCAGUUCUUGUGUCGCCUAUAUGCAAUAUAUACGAAUACUCGUAAAGUAAAUGAAUACAAUAAAAGGAAAAUGUUAUUUAAUUAAA